UUUCCAUCAUUCUACUUCUCUCACUUCUUGUUUUCUCUGUCUUCUUCUUCUGCUUCUCUUUUUAAUAAAUAAAAAAGCACUGCGACAGAAUUAUCUCUCACGAUCUUGCCACUACCAUGACCACUUUUGUACUAUUUUCACUACUCUUUUUGACCCUCACUGGUCACUCAACAACUGUAGGUGCUUUGUAUUGUAUUUGUAAAGAUGGGGUAAGUGAUCAACAACUUCAGAAGAGUAUAGAUUAUGCUUGUGGAGCUGGAGCUGAUUGUGCUCAAAUCACUCAAAAUGGUCCUUGCUAUAACCCUAACACUAUGAAAGAUCACUGCAAUUAUGCUGUAAAUAGUUAUUAUCAAAGGAAAGGUGCAGCUGGUGCUAGCUGUGACUUUAGUGGAACUGCAACUACUAGCCCAAAUCCACCCACUACUGCAAGUUCUGGGUGUGUCUACCAAUCCAGUCCUGGCAACACCGGUGGAGGUACAACAACUCCGACAAUAGCACCACCCGGAACCACAACUCCAACAAUUGCACCACCAGGAACCACAACUCCAACAAUCGCACCUCCAGGAACCACAACUCCAACAACCGCACCUCCAGGAACCACAACUCCAACAACCGCACCUCCAGGAACCACAACUCCAACAAUCGCACCUCCAGGAACCACAACUCCACCAGGAUCUACUAUACCAGCGACUGCACCACCGGGGACCACAACUCCAGGAAUUGGCACAGGCACGGGCAUAGCGACUACACCUGGGACAAACAAUCCACCUUUUGGGCUUGGACCAAUUGGCAUGGACGGCAAUGCAGCUAGGCAUCUCCGAAACAGUAUAUUUUUCACCGUAGCCCUUUUGGCUAUAAGCUUUUUAUGCUCAAGGGUCUAAAGUAAAAGAGGAUAGAGAAGUCCAUAUUUAGAAGAAUCUUUCUUUAGUUGUUUCUAUCUUAUUAUGAUUGCAUGGAAAAGUUGGAAUUGGAUUCUCUUAGUAAUUUUAUGUUGUAGAAUAUGAUCCCUAUGCUCUCCCUUUUUAGAUUUCUUCCCUUCGUUGUAUAUUAAAUUUUAUAUAUGAGCAACGGAAGAGGCUGUAUUUUUUUCAAUUGAAAACAAUAUAUCAAUGAGAACUCU